CGUGCUAUAUCCUGUUUAAUCGUUAUUUGAUAGUGUUAUGUGACAGUGGGCGAAAAUCAUGGCCUUCAAAAUGCUGCUGAAAUUAUCUAUGUCCAUAUGUCUCCUGGGAACAAUCACUCCACUGCCUUUCUAUGGAUCAAAGGGUAUCCCUUUGAUCCAUAGCACUUCGGCUUUUCUGAAAGGAUCAAAUCUUACUACAUCUAUUUCGGAGGAAUCAACUGCUACUACGUAUGUUGAGGAAGAAUCGGCUAGUCCUUCUAUUGUGGGGGAAUCAAGCACAACUGCUGCAUUUUAUACUACAAAUGAUCCCUCAUUUACAAGCUUGACGUCUACUGAAACUGUGGACCGAUUAAACUCAAGCAUAUCUAGUGUAUCGUCUAUCGAGGACUUAAAUAUAACGGAAUCUAGUACUAUAACAUACUUAAAUACAUUUAUUUUCCUUACAAGUGGUGAAUCAAACUUUAGUUCAGAAUCUACAGCGACAGAUGAUGCCGGACCAAACCUGACUACUGCAUCUAGUUACAGGACAAGUGUUGAAGAAUUAUCAACUACAAUAUCAAGUUUAUUUACAAGUGUUGAAAAUUCAACAUUCACGCCAUCUGAUGCUGCAACAACUGAGAUAUCAAACAACAAAAUGAUUUCACAAGAAAUACGUCCAAAAGGAACAGACUCGACCGCAGAUCCAAGUAUCAUUAUUAGUAAUAACUGUAAUAAGGGAUCAAUUACGACUAUGACGCCAAGUGUCGUUACUAUUUCAGAACCGACUAUCAAACCAGAUAUACAAACUAAGGGACCAAAUUCAACUACUAAACCAACUGUGAAUCCUGUAAAAGAAGCGAAAUCGACCACAAAUGCAAAUGUAGUGACUUCAAAAGUAUCAACAUCAACUAUAAAGCCAAACGCUGGUGCUACCAGCAUAAAGCCAGCUAAAUCUAAAGUGUGGGUUGUAUUUGCAGUUAUCAUAGGAGCGAUUUUAUGUUUAUUUUCAAUAGUUUUGGUAAUAAAAAGCCGAAAGCCCAUACUUCAGAGCCAGGCUUUUGUCAGAGCAAGAACGGCUUGCUCCCGAAUCAGAGGACGAUUUGGGGAGCAAAGUUAUGAUCUAAGUCAAAAUCAGGAUCAAAAGCAAAAUCAGGAUCAAAAGCAAAAUCAGGAUCAAAUUCUAGAUCAGAAUCAGGGUCAAAUUAUAAAUCAGAAUAAAAAUGAAAAUCAGGGCCAAAUUAUAAAUCAAGAUUAAAAAUUACAAUCAGUGUCAAAUUUGAAUCUGAGUCAAAUUGAAAAUCAAAGCACAACAUCAUCACGUAUAAUAAGACUAAUAAGGCUUUUUUUUAUUCAAAAUGAGUUAAAAAAUUAUGUAAGCGCUAAUUGUGGUUUUGUGUGAGUGAUAAAUCUUUAAUAUUAAUUGAAUCCUGAUAAUAUGUGAUUAUUAAAAAAUAGCGUCACACGCAAAAGCAAUCGUGUGAUGUGACGUCAUUCUAAAAUGUGCG